AGGAUCGCAGUUUCCUUGCACGCGCCACGAUUUUUUUGUGCUCGCUUUUUGUGAUUUAUUGUGUUACACACAUUGUAAAGGAUACAAAAGGAGAACGCAGGCUCGGAAAGCAAAUAAUUUUUGAACUAAAAAUAAGCAGACAGAAACAGUAAAGUUUCAGCGUUUCUUUGCGGUGUUAAGCCACAGCUGUUUGGGUCUCUGAACUUGGCGAUGGCGCCGCAAACCGCUGUGAAGAUGCCUAAGUGCAGUGUUUAAGCGGACGAAAAGAAUUAACUGUUCUUAUGUGACUAAGAAACGAAAAAAUUAACUCGAUCUUUUGAAGAGAUUAAGCACAAGAUCUUGAAACAUUACUCGAACAGUGUAUCAGUGUUGAUUGUCACCGUUAUAGUGCUGCAAAACCGCCAUCAUGGAUAGUUCUCCUGAUCUAUCCUUGAAAUUACGUCGCGGCUCGAGCGAUUCGCGCGACAACUUUUACAUGGAUUUUGCGCAAGGCAUUGACUCCGACAUCGAAGAGGUGGAUAACAGCGCUUUGGCCCUUGAACCGCAGCAACCGCCACCACCACCCUUGCCCAUCGUCGCACCCGAAGAUGUACUUGGCGCCGGCUUUAUACCGCCACCACCGCUAGUUAUGCAGGGACAACCGUUGCCAACACUCACCGAACACGAUGAUCUACCACCAACGCCACCACCACAAGAACAACCCAUCGGCAGCGUGGUUGACUCACCGCCUGCAUCGCCAACAUCAUCGGUACUCGAAAUGAUACCACCACCACCACUUUCACCACCUAUGAUAACACCGCCACCUGUACGUGCAGUGCCAUUGGCACCACCAUCACCACCAAUCGAAACUGAAGACGAAGGUGAUGACGCCGAUGUGGAUGAGGAAGAAGAAGACGAUGAUGAUAAGUCUACACCGCCACCGCCAUUACCGCCACUACCAUCAAAUUUUUCUUAUGUACAUGGUAACGGUGCACAUGGAGCUGGCAUACCGGGUGCAGGUGUCGCCACACCACCUAAAUCGCCAUCAACGUCUCCAUCGCCACCAGAUACACCACCGCCGUGUCCUAAAAUGUCAUUACCCAUGAAAUUGGCUUCGCCACCGCCACCACCACCACCUAUGCACGCACCAAUGCCAUUGCCACCGUUGACACCUCCCUCAGAGAGUGAUCAAUCGCAACCGAAUUCACCACCACCAUUACCGCAGCAUGCACCACUACCACAAUCACCACCACAUUCAACUGGUUCGCCAGCCAGUUCGGUUGGUUCACAACCGCGUUCGUCGGGUUCACAACAACGUGUUGUGCUGGUUUCGCCUCCGCUUUCUACAGGCUCCCGACCACGUUCCAUGGGUUCGCCGCAAGGCUCGAUUAAUUCGCCACCACAUUCGAUCAGCUCUCAACCGCGUUCAAUUGGUACGCCACCACGCAGUAGGGAGGCUAUACCUGAAGAUGGUCCAGCUACGCCGCCACCGGAUUUCGGUGAGCCAAGUGAUGUUAUUGCCGCUGCUCUGGCUGCGGCUAUCGAAGUGAAAUCUUGCGAACUUAUCCAAGGUAUUACACAAGGCACCGCCUACCAUAUGAUUGAUGAAAAUAAAUCAUCAAAUGAAGAUGAGUCUACGACGAUAACCACGCCACCAAGUAAUGGUUAUUCUGGUUCCUCAUUGAUUGUGCCACCUGCUGAUCAAUUGGGUGAAUUGGAACAGGAUACCGGCAUGAUGCUGGCUGAUAUACCGCCACCCUUAGGCAUGGAAGAUGAAGAGCCAGACGAUAUUCAGCAAGAAGAAAUGGAAAUCGAUGAAGUGUCGCCCAAACUGCCAACAGAACCCAUGGAGGUUGACGAAAUAGUGGAGGAAGAGGAAGCCUACAGCGAACGGACACCAAUCUCUGAUCGUCAACCAAGUGAAGAUCACACCACUGCCGACACACCAGCUGACGAGGUGGUCGAAACACGCGGCACGCCUACAUCACAAGCUACACCACGCAGCACACCGCUGCCAACACCACCAGCUUCCGGUUCGCCUAAGAAGAAACGCAGCAGCGUAAGCAUCAGUGGUGGCAGCGGUUCUGGCAGUCGCGGCCCAAGCCGUAGCGCCAGCCGCAGUGGCAGCCACAGCGGCAGUCAUGGCGGCAGUCGAAAUGCCAGUCGCAGUGGCAGUGUACGCGGUAGCAUUGCGUCACGUGCCGGUAGCAUUGCCGCCGCCUCAGUUGCUUCAGCAGCAGCAUCUAUUGCCUCUGGUUCGCCACAUGUGGUUGAAGCAGCAGCGUCAGCGGCAGCGGUGGCUUCACCACAAACUUCUAUCAAAUCGAUACGUAGUCAACCGUCGUCUAUAAAAUCGGCACAUUCAAAACAUAGCGCCUCACCGCCAAUGAUGAAGAGUCCACCGGAGGGCGAUCGUCCACCGGUAAUGCCAUCACCACCAAUGAUGCGCUCACCGCCACUCGUCAAGAGUCCACCUCUAAUGCAUAGUCCACCGAAGGUGACCAGUCCACCACGUGUGUACAGUCCACCGUUGGUAGGCAGUCCACCAACGCGUAAAACGGAUUCUGUGGAUUUGGAAAAGGAAGCGGAAGCAAAGCCGGUAAAAGCACCGUCAGUGGGCACCUACAGCGACUCGGCAGCCGCGUCUAGUGAAACCUUAGACGCCGCUUCAAUCGUCUCACCCACCAUGGCCGCCGCACCGCCUACCGUCGCCGCUGCCACGGCGAGCACAUCGCUCAGCUACCAGGACGAACAACAGCCGCCACAACAUGUGAUGCGUGCACACCUCAGCAGUCAUCAUCACUAUCACCUGCCGCACCAGUUCCAGCAUCCACAUCAUCAAAAUCAUCACACACACGGUGGUGUGCCCGUAGCCACACCCACAGUGCCCGCCAGCUAUGCGGGCGCACAACAUCUGCUGCACCAUCACCACAAAACGAGUCCCUACAGCAGCAGCGCAAUGGAUGAGGAUAGCAGCGGCAGUGUGAGUGGCGUCAGCGGUCCAACGCCACCAGCCAAACCGCCACACACACAAGAACGUCGUUCGCCGCCUAGCAGUGGCGCCACCGCUACCACUAUGGCCACUUCUAGUGUCCUGCUGGUCGCAGAUGCCGCUGCUUCAAGUGCUUCGGUGUCGCCGGGCCGCUUGGCCAGUCGUUCGGGCUCUCAUCAUCGUGUCACCAUUGAUGAGUCGAAUAUAGCAACGUCGUCGGCAUUGAGCCAUCAGUUGGAUGUUAGAGGUGGUGACGGUGGCGAUGAUGGUGAUGCUGGUGGUAGUGGUGGUGGCGGUGCAGGCGGUUCGGGUCCACCGUCGCCCGGUUCAUCGCAUCGACGUCUCUCCUCAGCGCUGGGGGAUGAUCGACAGACGGGACAUUUAGCGUUAAUGUAUCAUUCGCACCAGUUGACCAGCUAUCCGGUGUUGCCAGCCAUCAAGCGAACGCAUCGACCGUCAUUCAUAUAUCCACCGAUGCCGCGUGUCAGAGCUGGAGAUGCCUUGGCCACACUCUUCUCCGCAUUGUAUGGCAAAUUAUUGGUGGUAAUGGGCAUCGCAUUUCCAAUGGCUGAAGUCAUAUCGACUUAUAUACCACCUUCCUUCUAUGAGGUGUAUUAUCUUUACUUGUACAUUGGCAGUAUGAUAUUUUUGCUCUUCAUGUAUGCCACGCUAUUGUGGGGACGACCGAAAAUACCAGCAAAUAUAACUUCGCCCAGCAAAUCAACAUCAAAAGCGCGUUCCUCCACCGCUUCGGAGAGCAUGGACGAAUCGGACACGGACAGCAAUUCGAUGCAUAACAAACGCAUACCGACGGUGAUACCCGCCCGAAGGCCCUCGCUAUUGGCACCGCUCGGCCGGCAGCAUCACUACGGAUCCUUCUAUCUGCGUAUGGGCGCAGUGGCUUUUGGCAUUGGCAGCAUGAUCUAUUCGGGCUUGGAGUUCGGUCAGUAUUUCGAAUUGAAUCCGGACACCAAGUGUCAUAAUGUUUUGUUAGCAUUGACACCGGCGACGCGAAUGGCAUUCAUUUUCAUACAAAUGUACUUUAUUUUCCUGAAUAACGAGCAAAUCAAAGUCUAUCGCUAUAAAAUCAUCGCACGCUUCGGUCUAAUGCAUAUGAUCGGCACCAAUUUGGCAGUUUGGCUGAAUGUGCUGAUACAGGAAACGAAACACGAAAUAUUGACAUUCUACAAUCCGGAGAAUCGUACGCUGCGCAUCUCACAUCGUAUACCCGGACAUUCGCGUGGACAUGCAAACAUACCGGCAGUAAUACCCACCGAUCCCACAGCACAUUUGCGUAUACCGCGGGGACUGAAGGGUCCUUAUCAAAUUUUCGAGUGUCGACGUACCAACAUACUCGGCACACUGGUACAAGAUGCCUCACCAUUCCUCUUUCCCUGCACCAUUGAGUAUUCAUUAAUCUGCGCAGCCAUAUUGUAUGUGAUGUGGCGUAGCAUUUCGCGACCGCCAACACCAGCGCCACAACGUCCGGACACGAUCAGUUCGCCGAUGAAGCGUUCACCCCAUCACUAUUCGGUGGAUUGUGCGCGUGCGCACAAGGGUCUCUUCGUUGGCAUACUCAUACUCGUGCUGACCAUCAUUUCGCUCAUUCUCUUCUUCGUGUUGAUCUCGCGACCAGACUUUGUCGCCUUGGCCGUCACCGAGGUGACCAUCUGUGAGCUGCUCAUCUACGGCACAGCGACAAUAGCAACACUCAUCGGCAUGAUACAAAUACGACAUCUGCAAUAUGAUUGGUAUCGCAGCUUCUCGUUGGAUGAUAUUUUGUUGGUCGGUGCGCAGACUGGUUCCUUUUUGUACAAUAUAUUCACAGUGAUCGCCGGACAUUUUACGUUGCGCAGUGAUGAUAUGUUAGUACCGUUAAAUGCACUCGCCUCCAUUGUGCAAACGGCUUGCCAGACAUUAUUCAUCUUGGAUGCGAGUCGACGACAGGCCAUCACACCGGAGCAUAUACGUAAGAAACCCGGCCGAGAGAUUGUGACAUUUAUGUUGGUCGUGAAUUUGGCGAUGUGGGCGAUCAGCACGUUGGAGAAGUCACGUGCCGAAUCACAUCCAAUACAAUUGAAUUUCUAUGGUCUGUGGGCGUGGACGAUAAUAACGCAUGUGUCCAUGCCAUUGGCAAUAUUCUAUCGUUUUCAUUCGACAGUUUGCUUGUGUGAAAUCUGGAAGCGUGCCUAUAAACUGAAACCGGCCUAUAUGUGA